AUGGUUAAUGCUCCUGUCCAGUGUUCAGCGUGUUUCAAGACUUCGAGGAAGUCAACCGUCUUGGGGGUGACUGGUGCCCAAAGGAGUACCAUUUCCAGCACAACUAUGACAUCCUCUUCCCAGAUAGACAAGCCCGUCUGGUAUACAGAUGGGGCUAAAGCGGGUUCUAACGCGGGAGCAGGAGUCUGGUCUGUAGGGUCUAGGACCGAAUUGUCCUACACCCUAACCGGUACCGCCUCUGUUCUUCAGACGGAGCUGUUUGCCAUUGGCGCCCACAGUAUCCUUGAAAGGGGGUACUAUGGCAAACAUAUCUACAUUUGUAGUGACAGCCACACUGCGUUUAGACUCGUACACAGCACCGUAGUCAAGUCAGGGCUGGUGAAGGACUGUGUCGACUUGUUGACACGGCUAGGCAGUGUCAACAGAGUAAGGUUGCUGUGGAUGCCGAGUCAAAGUGGCGUUCAGAGCAACGAAAGGGCGCACGAGCUUGCCAGACUUGGAGCUUCACGGCACGAUCUGACAGGCCAAUGCCACAUCAGCGUGGAUCUCUGGGUGCAAGGCCCUGGCAUGAGGCACACGAAGGCUCUGCUUUCAGGGCCUUCGGAGGAGCUAGGUACCGAGCUGAUCAACCUGGACCGAGCCCAAUUGAGGCUGGUGGUAGGAUUGGUCACCGGGCACUGGCACCUUAGAAAGCAUCUUACGCGACUGGGCCUUGCACAAGACUCGGUCUACGAUGGGUGUGGCGAAGGAGAUACCCCCCUCCAUCUCAUAACUCAAUGCGUUGGGCUCGCGGACGUCAGAAAUGAUGUCCUUGGGACCAGCGACAACAACUUCGACCUAGGGGGCUCAGGGGCGGCCAGACUCCUGCGCUUUGCAAGGGAGUCGGGGCUGCCCGCGGGACCGCUAUGGUCAUAG